AUGCUUUCCCCGAGGGAACUGGGGACCUUAGGGGGACUCACAACAAACCCCGACCCCCAAUUCACCGAGAACCCUGCUCUCCUUCAUAACCUUCAGCUGCGCCUGCGGCCAGAGCUUAUUGUGAAGCCCGACCCUUUGACAAUGUAUCUCGGCUUCUGGGGUACCACGAUGUGGAAAAUUAAUGUUGCAGCGGCGCUAGUUAAUGAUGUUGAGAGCUGGUGGACUCGUUCGGGUCGCUUCCCGACGCAAGACGAAUUCGAUGUCUUUACCGCAGGAACAUCUCGAGGACUUUACAACAAAGAAUUGGCCUUCCCAAUAGCUUAUUUUGCCAACUCGUCAUAUCUCUUUUGGGCAGCACGCAGAUCGCCUUAUUAUCCCAAGAAACCCACGCCUACGAGCCUACUCGCUGGACUGAAACGGUUUCGAAUCGCGGACCCGCCAGGUUUCAGGGAAAUGCUCGUUCAAAAAUCCUUCAUGAUGCUUUUUAUCCUCUUUUCAAGCGGUUUAGUCACACGAACUUUUGGGGCGUUUAGAUAUGCUUCAGAUAUGCAAGACCCGCGUAUGCAGGCAUAUGCUGAACCCUUUGUUAAAGCGACACCGGAAGAUAUUCAAAGGAGAAGGGUUGCACUUGCAAAUGAUCACCGCAGGCUUCAUCAAAACCGCGACCCCGGUUUCACCGGUCAAAUUUUACAGCAAAUGGGCUUUAAUGUUAGAGCCGCCCAAGUUGAAGAACAGGGCCAGUCUCAAUAUGAUGGUGCCUCAUCAUCGGCGGCCUCAUCCGAGAGUGAAUUGGUCUACGGUACGAGUCAAAAUGGCCAGGAUGUUUCUGCCCCUCAGCCUUCAUAUGGCUCCUUGCAAAACUCAGGCAACGGGUCUUCUCAACCAGACUCCAAGUUGGACUUUUUCGGCUCUAGCGAUGAGGACGAUGCAAGCCCCACUGCACCGGAAUACCGGAAUACCAGCAUGACUGGGGUGUCCACGGGAUCUGCAUGGGAUCGUAUACGACAACAGAACUCGACACAGGGCUCCCGACCAGUAGCACCUCGUCAAUGGGGCCAAUCACAAGCCCAGAGUGGCACCGAGUCGACAAAUGAUUCCCUUCCUAUUGACCAGGAUCGAUAUGACUAUGAUCGAAGGCGCGAGAAGGACGCGGCCCAGGCCGACUUCAACAAGAUGAUGGAUGCCGAGCGAAACGCGUCGAGCGAGGGACCGUCUCGCGGUCGUAACUGGUGA